CUAAAAUCGAAUCCUGCACACGCUGCAACGUCACUGGUCAAUUUGCUUCAACGUGGAGAAUUGAUAAGCAUGGAGCUCUUGCUAGAGAAGGCUGAGGUGCUGUGGCUGGCCAAGCCGUCCAAGAAGCAGGUGGUGACCCCACGGGCUCCGCAAGCUACGCAGCUGACAGUACUACCGCCGUAUGCCGAAAAGCAAGACGAAGGGGCGCCUCUGCCCUGCAAUAUCUCGAUCUCGGCGGAAGAAUUGACGACGAAGAACAAGGUGUCGCUGUUGGACCAGUACGUGACGUUCAAACUGCUGGAGGGUGAGGAGCUGGUAGCAACGCAUGCACGUAAGCUGCGCGACUGCAUCCCCGUGUUGACCGAGGGAUCUAUCCAUUGGACGCAACCAGUGCUGCACAAAGACGUGCUUUGGGAUGUAGGCAUCCAUGUCUACGUGAAAACUAAUCGUCGCCCUCGAGCGUUGGUCUCCCAUGCGCUAGCGCUUAAGAAUGGGGCAAGCAGUGUCGCGCGUCAGUUGGCGCUGCAUAAGAACAAGGCUGUGAUCGGGCUGCUACCGGCGGUUGCAGGCUGCGUCGUUGGUAUCAUCGGGACGUCUCCGGUUUGGCUACCUCUGACGCUUCUGGUUGGCGUGAUGGGCUUCCCUGUCUGGAUCGUUGUUGGUGUCGCCAUGGCGCUGGUCACUCUGUUUUCUACUAUUUCAGCGGUCGUGACAGUGAAGCUUGCUCGUUCGGAGCGGGUCAAGGGUGCGUGCCAGCACUUCCUGACCAGUCAGCAAGGUCAGCUACUGUUGUUCGAGGGCAUGCCUGGAGAAGAAUCGCUCUCAACCUCUGCCCUGUCGGCUCGCGCGAAGGAAUUUGUGCUCGAAAAUCCGUCUCGCAAGCUGGUGGCCAGUCUUGCCAUUGAUUUUCUUGGAAACGCGACCUUUGUGGUACCUGGCCUGGGCGAAAUGGCAGACGUGCUGUGGGCACCCGUUUCGGCGAAGAUGGUCGACACACUUUACAAGGAAUCGUCGCCACAUGCCAAGUACGUGGCCUUCUUGGAGGAACUUCUGCCUUUUACGGAUAUUAUCCCAACGGCGACGUUGGCUUGGAUGAAGGAGAAUCUGAGCUCAGGUGAGCUGGACAAACUGUUCGCGUUGACCAAAUUUCACAAGCAGGCGUAGGGACGACAUGUACUUUCGAUCUUUUGUGGAAGUCAAACAGCUGUAAGGUCGACUGGAGAAAUGAAUUGAAUAUACCUUUGGUGGUCGAACUUUGGUCUUGCAACGCGGUAAAUGUGCGGAAAAGCUACUUUAGUCUACCCCACAGUCACUCGUUCGUUGCUCCUAAAUAAAAUCUGAUAUUUCUUACCGCGCCA